UCCACCAAUAAAAUCCUUUUCCCAAUUUUGACUUUUUAAAAACUUUGACAAAAAACAGAUAUUCUCAAAAACAUUCUCACAUCUCUCCCAUCACCCAACCACGCGCCGCCUGUACCAUCUCACGCGCCGCUGUACGAUUUUCCAAAAUCCUCCAUCAAUCUCCUCCUCCUCCUUCUCUUCUUCUCCCUUUCCUCCUCAAUUUCCCAAUCCCCCUCUUCUCCAUCUCCAUCAAGAUCUCACAAGAUCCAAAUAAAAUUUAUAGGGUUUCAAAAACUUUCGAUAAAAAAGCUCUAAUCUUUAUGAAUUAGAACUCAUCGUCAUCAUGGGAGGUGUAACAUCAUCGAUCGCUGCUAAAUUCGCUUUCUUUCCACCAACGCCACCGUCGUAUGAAGUUGUAGCCGACGAAAGCUGCGGCGGACGUUUAUACAUACCGGAGAUACCUCGUCGCGAUGAUGUUGAUAUAUUGAAGCUUCGUACACGUUUCGGCAACGAGAUCGUAGCUGUUUAUGUGAAACAUUCGAAAGCUAAAAGCACGGUUUUGUAUUCUCAUGGUAACGCUGCUGAUGUGGGACAAAUGUUUGAGCUUUUCGUUGAGCUUAGCAAUCGCCUUCGCGUCAAUCUUAUGGGGUAUGAUUACUCUGGUUAUGGUCAGUCUACUGGACAGGCAAGAGAGUGUAAUACAUAUGCUGAUAUAGAAGCAUGUUAUAAAUGCCUUAAGGAAAAGUAUGGUGUACAAGACGAUCAACUGAUAUUAUUUGGUCAAUCUGUUGGUAGUGGACCUACGGUUGAUCUAGCUUCGCGCACACCUGACUUGAGAGGCGUGGUGUUACAGUGCCCGAUUCUGUCUGGGAUGAGGGUCUUGUAUCCGGUGAAAUGUACAUAUUGGUUUGAUAUUUACAAGAAUAUUGAUAAGAUCGGCUCAGUUACCUGUCCUGCUCUAGUAAUUCAUGGAACUGCAGACGAAGUAGUUGAUUGGUCUCAUGGAAAACGGCUCUGGGAACUCAGCAAAGAAAAGUAUGAACCUUUGUGGAUAAGUGGAGGUGGACACUGUGAUCUUGAAAUCUAUCCAGAUUUCAUUAGACAUCUGAAGAAAUUUGUUGCAUCACUUGGCAACAAACAAGCAGAGCAAGCUACCAUAGGUUGAGAUUACUUAUAUGUUUGAAAAUGGGUUUACUUUCGAGGGGUUUCUAGACACAGUCUAGACAGUUGGCUGGAGAAGUUCGAUGAAUAGUAAGAUAAUCCAAAAUGAGAGUGUUGAUAGGUUUAGAUGUUAAAAGAUAAAAAAAAGGUCUAGUCUGGUGACAAUCUGGAAUGUAACAGCAUAUUUCAUUUCGUGAAUAAAUGUAUAUUACUGCUUUCAUGCUUUAAUAGGUUCCAAGGAAGUUUUUCAUU